CCCAGCACAGAGCUUCCCAUUACAGUCUGGCUUCUCUUUUUCUACUUCAGCCUCAGAUAAUAAUUCAUACUAUAACCAAGCACUUUCUGCAUGUUUUUUUUAAUCUUUCGGCUGCAGCCUCUCUCGGCCAGAUGCAAGCAGUGAUAUGACAUCUUCAGAGGGAGGAGAAAUGAACGAAGAGUGAGAGAGGAAGAGAAAUUAACAGGAUAUAGGUGUGCUUUGCAUGCGUGAGUGUGUAGAUUUUCACAUGUUCAGUUUGGUCUUGGUAGUCAGAGUUUGCAGUGACUUUUCUCAGAGGCAUGAAGCUGAAAUCGCCCAUGCUACACUAAGAGAAAGACAGAGAAGGAGAAAGAGGAAGGAACAGGCCUGUUUAAAACUUUCCGACCCAGAUUCACACAAGAUUACCUCUGUAAAACACCAAUCACGCAAAGAACAAGUCAAAAAGAUGAAUUUCUCCUGCCAGCCGCUUCGCCUUAACAUAUAGUCACAGUUUGGAGGUUUCCUUCAUUGUCGAUCAAGUGGUCAAGGCCUAAAAGUGGAUCUCCAAAGACAAUAUUAGCUCACCUGAGCUAUUUUCUAGCAUAAACACUGAAACUGCUGUACGAAGCUUCUAGAUUGAUUGACUUUUUUUAAUCCGUAUGCUCAUCAUGAGGCUUGUUUUUAGCAAUUUGCUUCUGUUGAUUGCUCUCGGAGCCUGUUUCAAGGCCACUGAUGCACAAGAGCCAACAACACAGACAGAUGCAAACAUUACCAUCACAAUACCAAACAGUAAUACUGGGGGGUCAAUAUUAAGUUUUGAAGUCACCAGCGCCACACCUGAAAAUACAGCUGUUGCACAACCAACAGUAGUGGAUCCACGUAAUUCAGAAACCACAGUUGUUAACCAAAUAAGCACCAUGCCUGAGGAACAAACAGUUGCGAGUACUCCACCACUCAGCACUGUGAUUGAACAAACAACACCAGAAUCUGUUCCUGAAACAACAACUGUUCAAACAGAGCAGACCACAGUGACCACCACUACUGUGCCUGUUAUUGCGGAAACAACAGUGACAGAACAAAUACCUUCAGACGCCCCAAGCACAAGUCAACAUGAAACAACCGUUGGUUUCACUUCUCCUGAGGUGACCAGUCCUACAGAACAACCUACAGAUGAAAUCACCACAGCAGUUGUGACCUUGGCCACUGCUUCAACAAAGGCCAUCAAUCCCACAACCAUCGUGGCCAAACCAGACUCGGAUGAGUCUCCGACCAUCACGUCCAACCCUGUGGACACCAACACCGAACUCUCCACUACAACUCUAGCAUCAACUACAAAGCACCCCCAAAAUUCUUCUGAAGUGUACACGAUGCCUGAUGGAUCUUUAGCCAGUGUAACUAUAGAGGACAAUGGUGGUCCUUUCCAAAACACCUGGUUAAUAAUAAUGAUAGUGUGUGUGGUCAUAGUUUUUGUGCUAUGUGUAGGCAUGAUUGUGAUCAUCCGGCGGCGAAAGAAAAACGCCUCAAGGAAUUUCACCCCCGUGAAUGGACAAGGCAAACGGUCCAAGAAGAAAAAAGGGGCGGAGAAUGACGCGUGGGCGGGGCCUGUCAAUCUCGACGCGGGGGCUGAAUGUGACGCUGAGGCACAGGACGGUCUUCUGCCUAAUGAUGGGAAGCAGGAUGAUGAUGUGGUGCUCAGCACAUUCGCCGCCCUUGAUGCAGAAGACGCGUCUAAUGGUGGAGUGGGUGGGGACGGCACCAAGGAGGCUAAGAAAUGGGAGGAGCAGGAGCCUAUGCCUUACAUAGAUGAGGAUGUGAAGGAAAACAAGGCAGAAAAAACCCCUUCUGAGAAUGGGAAACAGAAAGGAGAUGACAAAAGUGAAGAGAAGGGGAUGAACGGAGGAGAAACGUUCUGUCUCACCACAGCUGUCUAAAAGCCUAAAAGUCUUCUGUUGACUAAAUGAACUUAGGAGAAUAGGAAUGACUGGAUUACUUGAGUUUGUGUUACACAAGGACUUAAGUAAUAUAGUUUUGUGUAUAUUAUUUGACUAUCGCAAUUCGUUAACAGCAAUGGUGGAACAUGUAAUGAUGCUUGAAAAUUCAUACUUAUUUCAGCUUGUAUCAGUUUUAUACUUAAAAGUGCGCAAAAUUUUGUUGGCAAAAAGUGUUUUGUCUACUGUCAACAUUGUACUGUAGAUGUGUGAAGCACAAUUCAUAAACCUAGACCAAUUUCGGUGCAAGCAGUGAUGAUGUUUUGUCUGGUGGCAGAAAAUGACAGUUUUGAAGUAGCAGUCUAUGGAAACCAAAGAAUAAAAUUAAGGCAAAUUUAAGUUUAUAUUUCAAGAUUUUGACCUUUUAUUGCAAUUCUGAGAUUAUAUCUAACAAUUCUGAUGAGAAAAAUCAACUCAUCAUUCUCUCUUUUCCCCUUGGAUCAGAAUGAUGAGUUUACAUCCCAUGCUUCGGGCUUUUUUCCCCCUCAGAAUUGACAGAUGUGCUAUUGUUGAGUUAAAUCAAGUUAUAAAAUCUGAACUUGGAGAUUUAAACUUGCAUUUGUGAGAAAAAAAGACAGAAUUGUGAGGUAAAAUAGGUAAAUGUUAUGCAAAAUGUUAUAGGUUUGAAUAUGAUUUCAUGGUGAAACUGUAGGCCUAAUAUAAUACGUCCCCUAUAUGUUUGAAUGAAUGAAUAAUAUGUAGACCUACUGAAUUUAUACUGUAAAUCACAGCAGGUCUGCCUCUUUAAACGUCUGCUUUAAGCUUCAAAUGGCGUCUUGGACUACAGUAUUCUAUAAAAAAUUUGGAUUCCAUUUCUGACCAAAGGCAACACAAUACAUUUUUUCUCUUAUUCCACGGAUUUUACCCAUUUCACUCCACUUAAUACCAGUGUUUUUCUGCCACCACAAUGUGCACACAGCUGCAAGUGUCUACUCUAAAUAGGUUUGAAUAGUUAUCUUCUACAGAAGUUAACCUUCACACAAAGCAGUGCUCUGUUUGUCAAAACUGCAAAUGCCCAUGACCAACUGAACCCAUUGCAAAAUUUUUUGUUGGGAAAUCUUUCACCCCCAUGCAAAUUUGCAGAUUGCAUGGAUUGCUUUUGAAAUGAGUGAAAGUCACCAGUGAAAAUUUGUCAACAAAAUAAUGCCUGACUUAUUUAAACUUCAUCAUUUAUCCAUUUCAAAUGCUUGCUAUAGAUGUAGAUAAAAAAAAAAACACACACACAGUCUGUAUCUUUACAUGUAAAGAUGGUAAUAAGGCUACAGGAAUGAGGUUAGAGAUUUCGCUGAUUACUGCACAAAGCGUUGAUGUUCAAAACAAAACAGCUAACCAUUAAGAUCUGAAGACUUACAUUCUGAGAAUGAACGUUUUUCACUGUAAACAUAGAGACUUAUGAUAACAUUGAUGAACGACAGCAAUAAAAUAUUUUUAAAUAUAAACAUUCUGUCUUUUACAAAUAUUUUUUGCUUAUCUUGCUGGUAAAACCGGGGAAUUCUGUGGAGAACGUGUUAAACGGAAAUUUCAAAUUAACCAAAAUAUCUAAUAAUCAUACAUGUAAGAGGCAGGGGGGGUGUGUAGAACAAUUAUGUGUAAUUUUGCAGAGCUCUCUGUCAUGCCUUAGCUAGAAAUUGAUAAUGAACGAUACUGAAAUCAGCACUAGAAAUCUGUGCCUCUUUUAAAGGUCAUGGACAUUAACUCUAAACCAGGAGUGCCCAAACUCAGUCUUGGAGGGCCGGUGUCCUGCAGAGUUUAGGUCCAAUCCCAAUUAGUCACACCUAACCAGCUAACCAAGCUCUUACUAGAUAUGCUAGAAACUUCCAGGCAGGUGUAUUGAGGCAAGUUGGAGCUAAACCCUGCAGGACACUGGCCCUCCAGGACCAAGUUUGGAAACCCUUGCUCUAAACACAUCAAGAGACCCAAGGAUGACUAAAAACAAAAUAUUGCUUGAGACAUAGCCAGCACUAUGUCUGUAAAAAAACAAAACAAACAAACAAACAAAAAAACAAUUUGUUGAGCCAACUUGAAUUUGUUACCCCGCAGCCUUAAAAUUUUAGGUUCAGUCAACUCAAAUAAGUUUAUUCAACUUAAAAUGUUAAGUUGUACUAAGUGACAACUUAGAUAUUCGAGUUGACUAAACUAAAAAAUUGGUUUGUUAAACUUCAAAGCUGUGUUUGUUACCUGGCUGUCUUAAAAUUGUAAGUUGAAUCAACUCAAAUAUCCAGGUUGUCACAGUUCAAGCUGACUAAACUUUUUUUUAAGUUGACUUAAAAUUGUAAGGCAGCGGGGUAACAAAUUACGUUAAGCUGACUCAACAAAUUGUGUUUUACAGUGAUAAAUCCACACCUAUAUCACUACAUUACAGAAAAAUAAGAAGACAGCAGCCCUUCUAGUCUAAAGGAAGGGUGUGCCAAACAGAAAGUAGAGGUGUAUAUAAAUGUCACUGAUGGUUACAGGAAGGGUGCAAAAGUGAGUUAGUUUUGUUUGAAGAAAAAUAAUUGAAAAGACUUUGGGGUUUCUUAAACAUCCAACAAGAUAUUUUUUUACUUCUUGGGGGAUUUCUGACAUUGCAGCACGUAGUGUGAGAUCCAUAACAGGCAAGACGGCUAAUUUUUGUUUAAAAGCUCAUUAGCAGCAAAAACAUUAAUUUCCAUCUAAUGGAAUGGGUUACAUUUCACAUUUUUGAAAUGAUCAAAAUAAGGCAGUGAAGUAUGAACAAAUGAAUAAAAUAUUACAAAUGACCACCAGAUGGCGCUCAUAACAAAACUGAUGUAAAGAGGGGGUAAAAUGUAACUUGACUGUAAUUGAUAUUGAUGGACAUUUACAUAAAAUUAGCAUUUUUAAUGAAAAACAAAGCAUAUGAUAUGUGUGAAGAGAACUAUAUGUGAACAUAAGUCCCCUGCACCCUUUAUAUCACAUUAAUUAAAUCACCUACAAAUGUUUAUAACAAAAAAGUGUUUCUGUUGCUUCUACAAAGGGUUAGUAGUGUGUUUAAUAGAUUAAAGAUCUACAGUCUAAACAAAAAGACGCACACAGAGAACUGCAAAGCCUCAAAUGUGUGUCUGCCGGCCACAUCCAUCAGAAUUGUUUGGACAAAACCAAGAGAAAGAAGGAGGGAGAAAGAUUCAGGAGAGGAGGGUCUUGGAAUAGAAUGGAUUCUCUAGAGACCGGCGGAGGGAGGAGAGAGGGAAAAAAAUGAGAGGGGAGGGCUGAUAGCUACAUCUGGAAGUUAUUUGGAACAAGAGAGGGAGGAAAAUAGCUGAUAGAAAAGAUAGAAAGCCAAGGAGAACCAAGAAUUAGUAAUUAGGGUUGAGGGAACACAUUAAGAAGCAAACAAAUGCUUUGACGUUGUUACCUAAAAUAGAAAAAAAAAACUUUUUUUUGGAAGUUUAAAAGGAAUCCGGGAAAGAAAUUAUUGGAGUCUAAAGGAAUCAAACAACAAAGAAAGAAAAGCUUGUGAAGAAUUCUGUAUCCCACAAAACUGCGAGAUCAAUAUUUCAAGUUCAUCACUUCACAGAAGACUUUAUGUUUUUCUUGCACCUUAUGAAGAGUCAUUAACAACCAGAAGAACUGGAGGAAUCACAUCUGUGAUGUGGAUAAUAUCAGUCUAUGAAUGAAUAAAGCAAGAUCUCAUCAACUUCAUUAGUACGAAACAAAAAGACGAUAUCGGAAGCUUUGGAUUCAGGACUCAACUCUUGCUGGAAACCCUUCAAUUGCCUGUCAUUCACUUUUUCCGUCUCCAUCUACAUCAAGAAUGUCUGUGUCACGAGGUUGCCUCUGCUGUGUGAAGUACCUCAUGUUUAUCUUCAACCUCAUCUUCUGGUUGGGAGGAUGUGGUUUAUUUGGUGUUGGGGUGUGGCUCGCCUUCACACAGUCAGAGUUUUCAUCUCUACCACUAUCCUUCCCUUCACUCUCCGCGGCCAACCUGCUGCUUGUUGCUGGGGGCGUCACCAUGGUCACAGGGUUCCUCGGAUGCCUCGGUGCUCUGAAAGAGCAGAAGUGUCUGUUGAUGACGUUUUUUGUGAUCCUCUUGUUUCUAGUCCUGAUAGAAUUGGCGCUGAUUUUGGUUUUGAGUGUGUAUCAUGAAGAGCUGGACAAAAAAGCCAAGGAUGACCUAAGAAAGGGAAUGAAAAACUAUAAUACGAAUAAAGGCCUGAAAAAAUCCUGGGACAACAUGCAGAGAAUUUUCAAGUGCUGUGGCGUGAGCAACCACACUGACUGGCACAACGAAACGUCCAGCAAGAAACCUGAUUCCUGCUGCAGGGAUAAUUCUGAAAGCUGCCAUUACUGGGAAGAGCCGUGCUAUGAGAAGGCCAAAGACUGGCUUCUGGCUAACAUCACCUCAGUGCUUGGGUUUGGAGUUUGCAUUGGAGUCGUUCAGAUUCUUGCUUUGGUGUUCUCCAUGCUGAUGUACUGCCAAAUCGUACGAGCAGAAAAAUACAUGGACUGACCCUACCUUCGCCCCAAUGUGCCAGGGGCGCUUUAAUUCUGAAUAUGUAAUAAAUGUUUAAACGGACUUGCCUAUUAGAGAUACUGGACGUGAUAUGCAUGUGCACACAGAUUUCGCCAAUGCACUUAGGAAGAAGGAAUUCAGAUUACUUUACCAGGUAAAUUCCUAAUAAUUAAUAUGUACUUAGGAAAAUAUGAUUACAUGAAUAUAAAGUGAAUGUAUACAGUAGGUGGAAACAAGUAAAUCCUAGUUAUUAUUGCACUCUUUGUUAAUACUCUUAGAACUGCUUGCGAUGAAUUUAUGAUCAAAGUUAAUUUCUUUUAAAUGGAAACCAAAUGUUUAAGAACUGAUGAUUUGUACUAAACCAAUUAUCUGUACUAUAAUAAUGUAUGUUAAAGUCAUUACAACUAAAUAAGGAUGCAAUACAACAGCAGAUGAUUGAAA